GUCUUUCCGCACCGACAAUCAACCAGGAAGUGAAGCACUUUGUAGAGCAGAGUACAAACACACUACAGGCCGUCUGCAGCCGUGGAACCUCACAGACUAACAACUCGCCGUAAUGCACAGAUUAAAGAUCAUUUCGGGCCACUUGUCUCCCGCAGGAUCCUCUGAAGACAGGCGGGAUUUGCGGAGGACAGAGUGCGGGUCAGCAGCCCGGAGCAGCAGCCCGGAGGACGUGGUGGUGGUCCAUGGACUCAGGACCGCUAUCGGGAAAGCUAAGAGAGGAGCAUUAAAGGACACGACGCCUGACGAGCUGCUGAGUGCGGUGAUGGCGGCUGUGCUGAGAGAUGUUGGACUCUCGCCCAACAAACUGGGAGACGUUUGUGUGGGUAACGUGCUGCAGCCGGGCGCUGGUGCUCUGAUGGCCAGGGUGGCUCACUUCCUGAGCGGGUUUCCAGACAGUGUACCUGUCUACACCGUCAACAGACAGUGCUCCUCUGGACUGCAGGCUCUAUUUAACAUAGCAGGAGCCAUCAGGAGCAGAUCCAUUGACCUGGGCCUCGCGUGUGGUGUGGAGAGCAUGUCUCUGCGGUCAAUAGGUAAUCCAGGAGAUUUGAGCUCCAGGCUGAUGGACAACGACAAGGCCAGAGACUGCAUCAUCCCGAUGGGCAUCACCUCAGAGAACGUCGCCGAGAGAUUUGGGGUCUCCAGAGAAAAGCAGGACGCCUUCGCUCUCAGUUCUCAGCAGAAAGCCGCCCGGGCGCAGAGCUUGGGUCUGUUCGACCAGGAGAUCGUUCCUGUCACCACUAAGUUGGUAGACGAUGAGGGAAAAGAGCACGAGGUGACGGUCAGUAAGGAUGAUGGGAUCAGAGCGGGAACGACUCUGGAAGGACUCUGUAAACUCCGGCCGGCCUUCAAACCUGACGGCAGCACGACAGCAGGUAAUUCCAGCCAGGUGAGCGACGGAGCAGCGGCCGUGCUGAUUGGUCGCAGGUCUGCAGUCGAGGCUCUGGGUCUGCCGGUCCUGGGAGUCCUGAGGGCCAGUGCGGUUGUGGGGGUCCCUCCUGAUGUUAUGGGUAUUGGACCAGCAUUCGCCAUCCCUGCAGCUCUGGAGCAGGCAGGAUUAACUGUGGCUGAUAUUGACGUGUUUGAAAUCAACGAGGCAUUUGCCAGUCAGGCGGUGUACUGUGUGGCGAAGCUGGGGAUCCCGUUGGAGAAGGUGAAUCCUAACGGAGGCGCCAUCGCUCUGGGUCAUCCUCUGGGCUGCACCGGAGCUCGACAGGUGGUGACGCUGCUGAACGAGCUCAGACGCAGAGGCAGGAGGGCGUACGGCGUCGUGUCCAUGUGCAUUGGCACAGGGAUGGGAGCUGCUGCCGUCUUUGAGUACCCCGGGCCGUAGGAGCAGACGGCCAACCAACACUUUGUUACUGUGAUUAACCUUAACUAUCCGAUAUGACAGGUAAUCUGUCUGUACGGCUCAGGUGUGAUUUCAAAAGCUGUAAUCGUAAACACAAGGUCAUGAUGUUGAUACAUCUUGGCAACCGAUUACAAUCAAUCAGUAAUUGACACUUUAAUUACUUUUGCAAACUAUGAGAGCUUCAUUAACUGUUCCUCGGCGCCGUCCAGUGACAUAACAAGCCUUAAAAAACAGGCCAGGUGCUCAUUAAUGUUGGUUUUCUAGCUGUAGUCCUCUUUUCAUACUGGCCACUAAAAGAUGCCUUUUAUAAUGAGCUUUCAGUGUAAUGAUGGGGGACAAAAUGUUAUCUGAAGCUUCAGCAGGCUCGAUUGUUACUUAGCAAUAAGCUGAUAUCUACAAAGGUUGGUGUUUUUAGUUUAAAACAAUUUCCUGGAGGGAGAUAAGUUUGUUGUGUACAACAAACUUAUUUCCUGGAGGGAGAUAAGUUUGUUGUGUACAACAAACUUAUCUCCCUCAUUUCUACCGUCAUCUUCCUGCAACAAGGAGAAUUGUCCUUGAAGAAAGGAUCAUUUAAUGUCCAGUUUAAACAGAAGGAAUGACAACAAGGAGAAACUGUUCAUGUGCGCACCUGACUUAAUCUUUCACUAAACUAAUGCUGUACUUCAGGUGCAAAUACUUUGUAUAGGAGAUAGAUUUCGAAUAGCCGGUGAUUAAGUGCCUUCAAUAUCAUGCUGCUGAUCAAACCACCUGGCAGGGCCUUCUUUAUCGAUCCAAUAAAAACAAGUCAGCCAGAUUUGCUGACAUUUCCUGCUCUCUUUGGUCAGCAGAUCAGUUUUAAAUAUUGCAUAGAGGAAUACUGAGCUGUUGAUGAAGCGCAGCAGACGACAUGCAGCCAUCAAGCUGAAAAAUAAUUGAUCUGUUACAUUAAAUCAUUUGCACUGUGCCGUAGCUCACAGAGUAUCCAAACUCUGAUCUACUGUUUGAUCCGUCAAAUCUGGGGACCAAUCCAAAACACACAUUUUGGUUCCAGAUAUUUCGGUCUCAUGCAUGAGGCUCAGAUGAGUUGGAUUCAACUAACUCUGACUGGAACAACUCAGUCGUCGUAUUAGGACAUGUUGUUGUACUGAAGAUUAGAAAAUAUCGAUAGUACAGCUGCCAACAACUUUUUCUGAGUACUGUGAGAAAAAGGGGACGGCAGGGAUGUCCCGAUUAAGUGUCCUUUUAAUUUUGGAUCUCUCUACCUAAAUGUUGAUUAAAUAAGUAUCUGACACGUAAAUAACAGCUGUAGCUACUAAACCUGACAUACCUUUUUGUUUUACUAGCUACUAGAUCCAAAUACUGGCUUUCUCUGUUGAAUAUCUUGUUUCAAGAAUAGGUUAAGUUUAAAAGCUUAAAUUAUUAAUUAGUUAUAAAAGGCUUAACUGGAAGAAAGCGCCACCUGGAGCUGAUUGGCUGGAGAGAGGACGUCUCACUCUGAGAGAGACUUGUACGACCAGACCUCACAGAAAUGAUCAAUCUAAAAAGAAUCUGUCUGCACAGCUGCUUCUCGCUUGAGGCCCAGUCUGUUACUGUUAUCAUGUGAAACUACAAUGACUUUUAAAUUCCUGCGGGGCUUUGUAAAACUGAGCUGGGAAGAAUAUCUGUACAAACCUGUACAUGUAGAAAAAAUAAAACAUUUCCACACGA